GCUUUUCAAUGCGGUUUUCCUUUCAUCUCAAGCUGGAUGGAGGCGCUCAAUUAAAAGCCUAUCAGUUUUGCGAGACUGCAUGUGGUCUGCUGCUAACUGAUGCAUCUGCCCAGGUAUCCUACAUUAGUCAGGACUGUGAAGAAAUUCCAGAAUUCCUGGGAAGAAAAUAUGGACAUAUGGCAAAAAGGCUAGAUCUUAGCUUCAACUUGUUAAGGUCACUAGAAGGACUGAAAACAUUCAGUUACUUGGAAGAACUGAUCUUGGACAACAAUCUACUCGGAAAUGACCUUCUGUUACCCAGGUUACCCCACCUCCACACCUUAACGCUCAACAAGAACCAAAUAACAGAAUUAGAAAGCCUUUUGGACCACUUGGCUGAAGUUGUGCCCUCACUACAGUAUCUCAGUUUGCUUGGAAACAUUGCUUGCCCAAAUGAACUGGUCUGCAAAGAAAAGGAUGAAGAUGACUACCAGAGAUACAGAUAUUUUGUCCUGCACAAAUUGACAAACCUGAAAUUUCUCGAUACUCGGAAAGUGACGAGGAGGGAGAGAGAGGAAGCCUUGAUAAGAGGUGCCUUCAUGAAAGUGGUCAAGCCCAAGGAUGCUAAGGCCUCCAGUGCUGCUGCCUCUGCCUCUCCAGAGAUGCUCUACACGCCUCUGCCUGCUGGAUCCAGGGACCUCACCAACCACCGAGGCAUUUUGGGGAAAUGUCGCUACAUUUACUACGGAAAACAUUCCGAGGGCAACAGAUUCAUCCGAGAUGACCAGCUGUAAAACACAGUGCUGUUUCAUGCCUCUUCAAUCCCUCCACAUAAGAAGCACAAAUCACAUCUACAUUUUAAGCAUGUAACUAAAGUCCUCUAGUGCCUUCUGCUGACUUUGCCGAGCCUGUCAAGAUCAUCCUUCUACCUUACUCUGAGUAGUCACAUAGAGAUUGACAUGAUUGCCUUUAAGCAGGUCCCAUCCACCAGUGUGACAGACAGCUGCAGCCGAGCACCCAGCCUGACAGGAGGAGCUCUGUGAUGGAUUGCCUGGUCCUAGAGCUGCUGCAGGAGAGCAGGGGUCACACCUGGGGCUGGGCUGAGCCCGCUCCGUCCGCGGCGCCUCCGCAGAGCACCGCGUUUAUCUCUGCCCGGCCUGUUGAGCAAGGGGAUGCUGAUAUCAGAGUGUUUAUAAAAGAGAGAGGCUGGGAUUUCAGAUGAAAAAGCCCUUAUCUGUUCUUAUUUUUUUCCCUGUGAAUUAAGUGCUUGUGUUUCUAUCAUCUCAUACAUGCUUACACAAAUCCUUUCACAGCUUGGUAGUACACUCACCCACCCACAAAUGAGCCUAGUUGGAUUAUUUUUUCUUUCAACAGUUCCCUGAAAGUUCCCUGAAAUAUAUAUCCUGAAAACAUUUUGGCCCUGCAAAGCACUGUCAAUUUGUGUACAUGUU